UGAACUAUUUCAUAAAAAAUGGUACAGAAGAUGUGUUACUGUGCGGCAAUAGCACUGAUGCUGGCACAUGCCCUGAUGGAUACAUAUGUCUGAAGGCUGGGGAAAAUCCUGACCAUGGCUACACAAGCUUUGAUACUUUUGGCUGGGCCUUUCUCUCUUUGUUUCGUCUUAUGACUCAAGAUUGUUGGGAACGUCUUUAUCAACAGACUCUCAGAUCUGCUGGGAAGAUCUAUAUGCUUUUUUUUAUGCUGGUCAUCUUUCUGGGCUCAUUUUAUCUGAUCAACCUGAUUCUGGCUGUUGUGGCCAUGGCAUAUGAAGAGCAGAACCAAGCCACUAUUGCUGAAACAGAGGAGAAGGAAAGAAAGUUUCGGGAAGCCAUGGAGAUGUUAAAGAAAGAGCAGGAGGCAUUAGCUGCUAAAGGAAUUGAUUCAAUGUCACUUAGUUCAUUGGAAAUGUCACCUUUAGCAUCCAAAAAUGCCAAGGAAAGAAGAAAUAAGCGAAAGAAAAAAAAAUCUUUGGGAGCAGAAGAUUAUGAGGAAGAUCAAAGGAAUCCCAAGUGUGACUAUGAUGAUGGUCAGAGAAGAAUGACUCUCCUUGGCAUUAGUUAUGGUCCCAGUGCAAACUUGGUGAAGCGCAGAACCAGCCACGGAAGCAUAUUCAGUUUCCGACUCCGUGGCAGAGACACUGGCUCCGAAACAGAUUUUGCCGAUGAUGAGAUCAGCACUGCUGGGGAAAAUGAAAGCCACCGAGGCUCUCUCUUAAUUCCAAGAUCUGGGAGGCGUCCAAGCGUGCAAAGUCAAGUGAGCCAUAGUUCUCACCCUACUACUCCCAACUACAUCCAGACGGGCAAAAGGAACAGCUCAGUGGAUUGCAAUGGUGUGGUUUCCCUGAUAGGAGGAGGCACCGGGGCACUCAACCCAGACCCUACUUCUCCUGCAGGGUUACUGCUCCCCCCAGUUAUUAUGGAAAAGCCUGGAACAGGCGACCUGACCUCUCCCUCAGAUGAGGCAAGCAAGAAGCAGCUUUUAAUGCCCCACCGCCCAUCGGUGGACCACUCGGACGAACCCUUUCAGAGGCAGAGGGCAGUGAGCGCUGUCAGCAUCAUCACCAGUGCCCUGGAAGAGCUUGAGGAAUCACAACAGAAAUGUCCUCCCUGCUGGAACCACUUUGCUGUUAAAUUUCUCAUUUGGGAUUGCUGCCCGCUUUGGCUUUUAAUCAAGAAAUUUGUCAAGUUCGUGGUAAUGGACCCAUUCACCGACCUCACUAUCACCCUUUGCAUUGUGCUGAACACGCUCUUCAUGGCCUUGGAGCAUUAUAAGAUGACGAAGGAGUUUGACCACAUGCUUUACAUAGGCAAUUUGGUCUUCACUGGGAUUUUUACAGCAGAAAUGAUCUUCAAAGUAAUUGCCCUUGACCCCUACUACUAUUUUCAGCAGGGCUGGAAUAUUUUUGACAGCAUAAUUGUUAUUCUAAGCCUGAUGGAACUGGGUUUGUCCAGCAUGGGAAACCUGUCUGUUUUGCGCUCCUUUCGACUGCUGCGAGUCUUCAAAUUGGCGAAGUCCUGGCCAACCUUAAAUACGCUCAUUAAAAUCAUUGGUAAUUCAGUGGGUGCCCUCGGUAACCUCACUCUUGUGCUGGCAAUCAUCGUCUUUAUUUUUGCUGUGGUAGGAAUGCAGCUUUUUGGGAAAAGCUACAUGGACAAUGUGAAGAAGAUAAGCACAACCGGCAAUUUGCCACGCUGGCACAUGAAUGAUUUCUUUCACUCAUUCCUCAUCAUCUUCCGAAUUUUGUGUGGGGAGUGGAUUGAGACCAUGUGGGACUGCAUGGAAGUAGCUGGGCAGCCAUUGUGCCUUCUCGUCUUCUUGUUGGUCAUGGUGAUAGGAAAUCUGGUGGUGCUCAACUUGUUCCUUGCCUUGCUGCUAAGCUCUUUCAGCGCUGACAACCUCUCAGCACCAGACGAGGAUGGGGAGAUGAACAACCUGCAACUUGCUUUUGCUCGGAUCAACAGGGGCAUUCAGUACGUGAAACACACGAUGUGGAAUUUUUGCUGCAAUGUCCUCCAGCACCCCAAGACGACAGCUGAAAAGAAGGCAAUGAUGAAGCUUGCUGCCCAGAAUACAGGUGCCCUUAACAAUUGUGUGAACAGUCUCACAACCACUGAGCUUGGCAAAGACAUGGAGAAUCACAAAGAGAACCAUGCUGAAGAUGGAAUGAAUAGAACUGGGGAGAAACACCUAGGAAUUACAGACAAUGAUGAUUUUAUGACCAAUCCUGACCUGUCCAUUUGUGUUCCUAUUGCUGUGGGAGAGUCAGAUAUCGAGGAGGAAGACGAGGAGCAGAGCACCUUUACGGAAAUGGAGCAGCUUGAUGAAAUCAGUCUUUCUGAAGGCAGCACAGUGGAUUUGACAAAUCCUGCAGAACUGCUGGAGCAGAUCCCUGAGUUUGCUGAGGAGCUGAUGGAGCCUGAAGAUUGCUUCCCCGAAGUUUGUGUGCGAUUCUUCCCAUGCUGUUCAGUGGACAUCACAAAAUUUCCAGGCAAAAUUUGGUGGAGGCUGCGGAAAACCUGCUACAGAAUCGUUGAACACAACUGGUUUGAAACUUUCAUCAUAUUCAUGAUUCUGCUGAGCAGUGGAGCCCUGGCUUUUGAAGAUAUUUAUCUUGAAGAUCGGAAAAACAUAAAAACCAUGCUGGAAUAUGCUGACAAAAUAUUCACUUACAUCUUUGUCUUGGAAAUGCUCCUGAAAUGGGUGGCUUAUGGCUUCAAGAAAUAUUUCACCAAUGCCUGGUGCUGGCUUGACUUCCUUAUUGUAGAUGUCUCUCUAAUAAGCCUCAUCGCCAAUACACUUGGAUACUCUGAGAUGGGUCCCAUUAAAUCCCUCAGGACCCUCCGAGCUCUGCGACCAUUAAGAGCAUUGUCACGAUUUGAAGGGAUGAGGGUGGUGGUCAAUGCCCUCGUGGGAGCCAUUCCUUCCAUCAUGAAUGUUCUGCUCGUUUGCCUCAUCUUCUGGCUUAUCUUUAGCAUCAUGGGAGUCAACCUGUUUGCUGGGAAGUUUGGGAAGUGCAUUAAUAAGACAGAAGGAGAUAUGCCUUUAGACUCUAAAAUUAUUAACAACAUGAGUGACUGUAUACUCUAUAACGUGUCAGGCACGUUUUACUGGACAAAAGUUAAAGUUAACUUCGAUAAUGUUGGUGCUGGGUACCUGGCUCUGCUACAAGUGGCCACAUUUAAAGGUUGGAUGGAUAUUAUGUAUGCAGCAGUGGAUUCACGAGAGUGUGAGGAGCAGCCUGAAUGGGAAUGUAAUUUAUACAUGUACCUGUACUUUGUGAUUUUCAUCAUCUUCGGGUCUUUCUUCACAUUGAACCUCUUCAUUGGUGUCAUCAUUGACAAUUUUAACCAACAAAAGAAAAAGAUAAGUGGCCAGGACAUCUUUAUGACAGAAGAACAGAAAAAGUAUUAUAAUGCAAUGAAAAAACUUGGAUCUAAGAAACCUCAAAAGCCUAUCCCAAGGCCACUGAACAAAUACCAAGGUUUUAUUUUUGAUGUCGUCUCAAAACAAGCCUUUGAUGUCUCCAUCAUGAUUCUCAUCUGCCUUAACAUGGUUACCAUGAUGGUGGAAACAGAUGACCAAAGUCAAGAAAAAGUGAACAUCCUCCAUAAAAUCAACAUGCUUUUUGUCGCCAUCUUCACUGGGGAGUGCAUCAUCAAAAUGCUGGCUCUGCGACACUACUACUUCACCAAUGGCUGGAACAUAUUUGACUUUGUUGUUGUGAUUCUGUCAAUCGUAGGCACCGUACUUUCUGACAUCAUCCAGAAAUAUUUCUUCUCUCCCACACUCUUCAGAGUCAUUCGCUUGGCUCGGAUUGGCCGGAUUCUAAGACUUAUCCGGGGAGCCAAAGGAAUUCGAACUCUCCUGUUUGCCUUAAUGAUGUCCCUACCUGCGCUGUUCAACAUUGGCCUCUUGCUUUUUCUGGUCAUGUUCAUUUAUGCCAUUUUUGGCAUGGCUAACUUUGCCUAUGUUAAAAAGGAGCAUGGGAUUGAUGACAUGUUCAACUUCCAAACUUUUGCUAACAGCAUGCUCUGUCUCUUCCAAAUCACAACGUCAGCUGGCUGGGAUGGUCUUCUGAACCCUAUUUUAAACACCGGACCACCAUAUUGCGACCCAAACCUUCCGAAUGCAAAUGGUUCAAAGGGAGACUGCGGAAGCCCUGCCGUAGGGAUUUUAUUCUUUGUUACUUAUAUCAUUAUAUCAUUUCUCAUUGUUGUAAACAUGUACAUAGCCAUUAUUUUAGAGAACUUCAGUGUAGCCACUGAGGAAAGUACAGAGCCUCUAAGCGAGGAUGAUUUUGAUAUGUUCUAUGAAAUCUGGGAGAAGUUUGACCCUGAAGCCACUCAGUUUAUUGAGUAUUCUGCACUUUCAGACUUUGCAGACGCACUAUCAGAACCUUUGCGCAUAGCAAAACCAAACAAAAUCAAACUCAUAGCAAUGGACCUGCCCAUGGUCAGUGGAGAUAGGAUCCAUUGCUUGGAUAUUUUGUUUGCUUUUACAAAAAGGGUGCUAGGAGAAUCUGGAGAGAUGGAUGCCCUUAAAAUACAGAUGGAGGAAAAAUUCAUGGCGGCGAAUCCAUCUAAGAUCUCUUAUGAACCAAUUACAACAACUCUCAGACGGAAACAAGAAGAAGUCUCCGCCAUUGUCAUCCAGCGGGCCUACAGGAGACAUUUGUUUCGGCGCUCCAUGAAGCAGGCAUCUUACUUGUACCGGCACAGGACUUUUGAUGGCAGCAUCCUCGAGGACGAUGCACCCGAGAAGGAGGGUCUUAUUGCGUUCAUGAUGAACGAAAACUACGGCAGGCCAAUAGACAAAUCAGAAACUCUAUCCUCCACGUCUUUCCCUCCAUCCUACGACAGCGUCACCAGAGGUACGAGUGAUAAUCUUCAGCUGAAGAUGACGGACUCGAGCAAAAGUGAUGAGGCUAUAGAUUGUCUUCUCUCGCCGGACAAGGAUAAAGAAUCAAUUGUUUAA